CACAGCACGGCCCUGUCGCUUCUGUCGCCAGCAGCGGGGCCGACAUGUGCCUGUGACCAUGGAGAUGAAGGACUCGGGCAGCGUGGUCCUCACAGCCUACCAUCCGCACAGCCCGGCCAGGAUACCGGGCAUGGAGCAGAGCUUUGUACAGGAUAUCCCUCCCAGCCAUUCGCCCGCCAGCAGAAAGUCUCUCCCUCGUUGUCGAAGAAUUAACAGGAUGCUUUCCAACGAGUCCGCACCUCCUCCUGCAUUCAGUCGCUCCAAUUCACAGGCCUCCAUGGACAGCACUUCCAUGGAGGACUUUUGGUGUGAAGUGGAGAACAUCAAGGAGAGCAGAGAAGAUGGAUCUGAAGAGGCAACACUCUUGGAGUUCAAACCUGCUGAUGAAGGGGAGCUGGAGGCAGAAUGGCUGCAAGAUGUAGGUUUGUCUACGUUGAUCUCUGGAGCUGAAGAGGAGGAUGGCCAAGCUCUGCUGUCCACUCUGACCAGAACUCAAGCUGCUGCCGUACAGAAGAGGUACAACACCUACACUCAGACCUUGAGGAAGAAGAACAAGCACACAGUCCGGGAUGUGCGAGACAUCUUUGGCACCAAUGACUCUUCCCUCACGUUUGAGACAGUUCCAGUGCCACCAGUUCCUUCUAAUGGUAUCCAGCUCUCUGGGCAAAAGCCAGUUUGGAAAUCAGUUACCUCUAAUAGCUGUCUAGACUGUGGACUAGAUAAAGGCAGCCCAUCCAUAACAGAAGAGCUAUCUUAUGAGGUCUCUUUCUCAGAAUCCAUUGCAGUCCUUCCAAAAACCCAAGAGUGGCCAAAAAAUCAGAGGUUCAAAAAAGAAGACUCGGCUUUGCCUAAAUUCAUUGUUCGGAAAAGCCGGUUUGGACUGACAGAGGUUGGAGACCUCUCCCCUGAAGACAUGAAGAAGAUCCGCUACCUCUCCCUGAUUGAGCUAACAGCCUUCUACGAUGCUCUGGGGGUGGAACUGAAGAGGAACCGUGCAGAGAGAGUGCGGGGACGAGAGAAUGGUCUUUUUGGAGUCCCUCUCACCGUCCUGCUGGAGAACGAUCAAAAGAAGGUUCCCGGAAUAAAAGUUCCCCUCAUCUUCCAAAAAUUGCUGCUCAAGCUUGAGGAAACAGGUUUGGAAACUGAAGGAAUUCUACGGGUUCCCGGAUCUGCCUCCAGAGUCAAGAAUCUCCAUCAAGAACUUGAGGCAAAAUUUUACGAAGACACUUUUGACUGGGACCAAGUACGAAAUAAUGAUGCAGCGGGACUGCUGAAAAUGUUUAUAAGAGAACUCCCAAGCCCACUCUUCACAGUAGAAUAUCUGCCUGCUUUCAUCACGCUAGUGGAAAAAAUCUCCAAGAUCAAGUUACAGCUACAAGCUUUGCAUCUGUUGAUCAUGCUGCUGCCUGAAGCCAACAGAGAUACAGCCAAGGCCUUUCUUCAGUUCCUGAAGAAGGUGGUUGCUAAUGAAGGGAAAAACAAGAUGAAUUUGUGGAAUGUUUCUAUGAUUGUUGCACCAAACCUCUUCAUCUACAAAGGGAAACGUGCAAACCAACAAGAAAUGCAAGCAGCUGCCACCACAGCACACAUCGUGCGGCUUUUAAUUCGGUACCAGGACAUCCUGUGGACAGUCCCAUCUUUCCUGAUUUCCCAAGUGAGAAAAAUGAAUGAGGCAGCGAUGAGCAACAGCAAGAGACAGCUGAUGUUUGACAAAGGAGUGAGAAAACUUCUAAGGAGAAAGACCAUGGAACGGGAGAGACCUGAAAGACCAGAGGGAGCUGUCACUUUUCCCCCAUACCUGCAGUCUGACAUACCCGAGGGGGUGAUAAGAGUUUAUGCUCCACUGCAUUCAAAAGUCUCUAUGGCAAUUCAACUCAACAGCCAAACAAAAGCCAAAGACAUCCUGGCUCGAUUCCACUGUGAAAACAGCCGUGGAUCAUCACAGAACAUGAGAGGCCAGAUCCAAAGUUUACAUGAAAUUGGAGGAAAUAUAGGUCAGCACUGCUUGGAUCCAGAUGCGUAUAUGUUAGAUGUCUACCGUGCAAAUCCUCAGGCAGAAUGGGUGAUAAAACCAAAAGCGAGCUGAAGUAGAAGGCUGCAGUGUACUGGACAAAAGCCAAAUGGACAAGAGUGAUGCCUGUCAUUUUAAGAAGCUCUUGGCAGAGACAGAACAGUAGCUACAGGACAUCAUUCCUUCCUACUGUACUGUCCAACUGAUGGUCAGCACAUACUACUUUUGGUAUUCCAGAUUCUGACCAUCAGAAAAAUAUCACAUCAGUUAUGCUUUCAUAUGGAUUACACUUGUGCCAGUUGGCCCAGGAAUUGAGGAGGACAGACCAAGGUACGGUGUGCAGAAAACAACCUGUCACAUGCGAGUUGUUCAUUUCCUGACCUGGUGUUAGAACACAGAUUUUUCAAAAUAAUCCAGUGACAUCAGAGGAUGAAUGAAACACUACCUACCACAGUGUAACACAGAAGCACCACAGAGACGUUCAAGAAGAGAAGGUACCUGUCAGAUGUGGAAGACAGAAGCUCAACAUGCAGCAGUGCCAAGACACAGCCUUGUGACAAACCAAAAUCUUUCUGCUGAAAGUAAACCUGUACAGUGUGCAUAACUGCAAUAAUUGUCUCUCAGUCACUCAGGAGUACCUGACACUGGGAGCAGGAGGUAGAAGGAAGGACUACUGUACAGACAGCUAUACUGCCCAGUGUGUACCACUGUAUUACAUAUCACUACCAGUCUUCCAAAAUGGUCUGUCUGGAUCAUGUAGCUUUGUGCAACUGUAAUGCCACAAACCAUUCUCUCCUUCCUUCCUCUGUCACACACACAAAUUUCAGGAGACAACUGCUAGGUAAGAAGGGGCAUAUGCCCCUGGCUCUGCCUUUUACUUGAUACUCCCAGAAUUAAGUCUGUGUAAUGCCAUACUAUAAGAUAUGUGUUACUGGUGCCACUUACAGUCACCACUUGUUUUUGUCAAACAUUAUAGUUUCUUAUUUGUAACCUAAUUAUUUUUAUUUUGUUUAUUUUAGCUUUAAUAUGUAAGCAAUUUUUAUACUAUUCAGCUGUAUUGACAAGAGAGAUCUUUGUUCAGGUCUUGUAUAAUACAACAUGGAGAAGAAAAAGAGUUUCCAAUGAGCAGUGGGAUUUAAUAAUUUACACAUUAGGUCUUUAAAGCCAUAGCCAAACUAGGCCCAAUCAUGCUGGGGGUUUUACAAACACAGAGAAAGUUGCAGCUCUUUUUACAGAUGACAUGCAGUCUAAGAAAACACGGGCUGACAAGAGAACAACGUGCUGCAACUGCAUUGGAAAUGUAAGACAGCGUGUCUAGUUUGUAGCUAGUCACAAGAGCAAGCACUGUUCUUCACCUAGUCAUCUCCUUUGGGGCUAUACUUUACUGAACUAAAGCAUGUUUGUUGAGUAGGGAAAUCACAAAUCUCUGGAAAAGAGCAAGUCUUUUUGUCAUCUUUGUCGUAUGCAAAAAAAUGGGAUAUACCCAUUUUUCAAUACCUUCAACUGCACUGCGAUGUCUCCAUCGUUAAGAUGAUGAUACUGCACAGUGAAUCCACCCACAGCCUGAGCAGUGAGUUUUGUUCCUGACCUGGAUGCACGGAUGAGGCAGAAGCUGUUUAUCAUGUAGCAAUAUAAAAGCGCUCUGAACCAAGUCCUCCAGGUGAACACGAAGGAUGGUGUCCUGCAAAGGAAGUCUGUUGAUUUGUGAUUCUCUGCUGAAGCUGUGCAAUGAGGAUCUGAACCAGAAGCAGGGCUUCUAGAAUGUGCUAAGUUAAUUGUGUUGUUCAGUAGUUAACUUUCUUUGUUAGUGAUCAGUGAAAGAAAUCAACAUUGAAUUAAUAACUUUACCAGCAACAAUAAUGUCUACAGAGGGCAGAUCUUGUCUUCUUUCUUACCUUCUGGAUAAAAAAUGAUAAAAAUUUAGCAACAUAAUCCUUUUCUUUAAAACAGUGACAUUUUAAACUUCCUGACAUUUUGUUUGGGCUUUUGUUUCUUUUUCUGUUGUUUUUUUUUUGUUUGUUUGUUUUGUUUUGUGAUUUUGUGUGGGGUUUUUUAUUAUUAUUAUUAUUUUUGUUUGGUUUUGAUUGGGUUUUUUGGCUUUUUUUUUUCCCCUUCUUUUUCUUUUUAACACUAAUGGAGACAUAGCUGCAGCCAGGAAAAGACCAGGACAGUUGUAUUAUAAAAUACACUCCUUAUUUUGACAACUACUUCUUAUAAGUAUACAAGAGAUAGUAGAUCUGUGGUUUGUUUAUAGAACUAAGGAUAAAUGUUUUGUCAUGUGUUUCACUCUCAAUACCCUUUAGUUCCCUCUGUGGCAAUGGACAACUCUUCCUAAUUAUGCUGCCCUUUUUUUUCAUCUGUAAAGCAGGACGAAUACUUUCUAUAUAAAGGCAACAUGAUAAUUAGUUAAAUUCUACUCUCAGAUGCAGUCAAACAAUUCCUUGAACAAUGAGGAGUUAUAAACAUCCAUCUAGGAAGGACAAACUUGGCAAAGGUGUUUUACGUGGAAAGUGCUUUGAAUACUAAGAGCACCAUAGAAAUGCUAAGCAUCACUGUAUUUAUAGCCAAUUAAAAGAGGUUCUAUGACUAUACAGAAAGCCCAAACAUUAACAAAAGCAUUUGAAAUGUCAUAGCAAAUGAGCUAACUUUCUACAGUACUUUCAGACAAAUACACUGACCUCCUCCAUCUUGCCCACUAACUUCACUCUGGGUUCUCAAUGGCCAUGCAAGGGAAAUCACAGAAAGCCCUGUGUUCAUGCAGUAAUUUGCUCAGCAUGUUCUGGAUCUCAUCAAUGUUAUUUCUGAAAUAGAUCUCCCUGCAUUCCAUACAGAAUACAAUGGGUUUUUGAAAGACUGAUACCACUUCACAACUUAUAAAGUUAUAUAUACGAUGUAAUAAAAUCCAUCCUGUGAGCACUUGUCUUAUGCUAAAACUGCCUGUAACUUUAUAAGACGUGCAUAUUAUCAGAUGAACUAGAUUCUAUGUGCAGUGCCCAGACUACUGCAGCGUGGCCAAACACCUCCCGUCUCUGAAACGGAAUGUCAAAAUUCUUUUUUGAUACAAAUGGACCUAAUGACCCAUGUCUACUGUGCUUAAUACUGUUCCACAUUAAGUUGGUUUGUAUUGUUGUGGUACACUAACUUGAUUUCAUGCGCUGCAUUGUUCCAUAUGCAUAUGGAACAGUCUCAAUGACAUUUUGAAAUAUGAGGUCUCAACUUUAGGCCAUAUAUUUCAAGAUGCUGGUGGAGGCAUGAGAAAUUUUGUUCCUCCUCACAGCAGCUGAAGUCAAAACCAAGUUACAAUUGGAUUGUCACCCAACAGAAAGCAACAUGUGUGGAAAGCUAUUAAUAAGAAAGUGGUAGCAAGCAGGGAGAAAUUAAUUCAAAUUCCAAAGAUGUUUUGAGCAUUUAUUUAUGUACUCCAUGGUUCUACAAAGACAAGCAUUUUGCGUAUCAACAAAGUAUUGUAAAAUUGAGACUUUGAGAGAGUUUACUAUUGUAAACUUUGAGAGAGUAUUGUAAAAAGUAGGUGUUGGAAACAGACUGGAAUACUCUAACCAGUUUAUGCAGCUAAUGUCAUUCGAAUGUGUGCGUGCGUGCAGAUGUGUCUGUGUCCAUGUAUAAUAUUAACUACCUCACUCUGCAUUUUCCAGGAAAAAUAUUUUGGCUUAGAGGUUUACUACUCAAGAACUUUCUAUUCUCAAUUUCACUUCUCCACUAGUGUUAUCAUUGACAAAAUGUCUUUAUUCUGUGGGGCAAGAUUUGAAAUUACAAAAAAAUAUAUACUAAAAUACAUAUUUCAGGAUAUGGAUGAAAUUUUAUCCAAACUAUGUUGCCUAAAUUACUGCUUGUAAUGUGAACAUUAUGAGAUCUGAUCUUGGGUUUAAAUAGACAACAGAUACAAACACACUGUGUUUCAUUUUUACUUUUCAAUGGCUUUCUAUUAAUGUGUGUCUUCUCUGGAAAAUAAUACAAUAAUGCCACUAAUCAAAGCAAAGUGUUUGUGUGUAUGUUUCCCUUGCAAUCCUCAUUAUGUUCUGUGUUUUGUUGAAGUACGCCAAUAUGUAAGUGUAUUUGUACAGCAGAGUGUGUCCACUGUAUUGUACCCAUGUCAAAAAUAAAACCAUACCAACAAAGAAAGCUC